AUGCCUCGCAAGACGCUUCGUAUACUAUGCUUUGGAGACUCUCUAACCUCGGGAUAUUUCUGCCAUGGCAUGGACUCACAUCCAUACGCUCUCAAGCUGGAAGACCGGCUCACCGGGACGUUUCCAGAGGUGGACUUUCAGAUCGUGGUGAAUGCUGUGCCAGGCGAUAUUGCUUCUUUCAAGCGCUUCAAAGAUAGAAUGGAUGCUGCUUCGUACGGUGUAACCCCGGAAAACAUAUUUUCUGCCCUUAAGGAUUUAUAUGAUGUCCCUCUGAGCCGAGAAUCCAAGGUUCUCGCUCUCACGGUCCCUGAGUGCCAGUCAAAAGGCAAGAGAGGCACGUCGACAAGGAACGAGCUCAACCAGAGCAUCCUUAUGAACAAAGACACGGGAUAUUACGCCUCUGACCUUCAUUCCAAGAUACCCUACCAUUCGCUUUCAGAACGGGAUCGCGAACGGUACUGGGAUGACGGCCUCCAUCUUCGAGAUGAGGGCUACGACUGGAUGGGCAAUCACAUCGCCGAUGCCCUUAUAGACAUCCUUUGGAGCGAAGGCACAUUUGAAGAGCCCACCAACUCCCGAACUUCAGAAGUCUUGGCAUUGGAGGAUGAAGUCCAGUUCGAGGAAGAGGAUGGCAAUCCUCGGAAUAUCAAAGAAGGAUACGUGGUGGUCCGCAAGAAAGAUUUGGACUAA